AUGGCUAACGAUGGAAAUGGUAUCGGGUCAUCAUCCAAUGGAGCCGAUCCAAUGGAACGGAUUGUGGAGAGAGCUAUUAUCAGAGGUUCAUAUCCAUUGAUAGCUGAAGCUUGGGUUAAAGAAAUGGAGAAGAUUUUUCGUGCCCUACUCUGCACAGAAGAACAGAAAGUAUCCUUCGCCACUUUCACCUUCAAGGAAGAUGCGCAGGAAUGGUGGCUUCUCACCUUAGAAAAAGAAGAGGCCGUGACUUGGGCGAAAUUCCUAGAGGUGUUCUAUGAAAAGUAUUUUCCAGAAUCACUACGGGAGCAGAAAGCAUCCGAGUUCCUACAUUUGAGGCAAGGAACAAUGUCGGUAACGGAGUACGAAAGUAAGUUCACACAACUAACACGAUUUGCACCGUAUGUUAUUCCAACAGAAGCCCAAAAAGUAAGGAAAUUCGAAGCAGGGUUAGAAGCGGAGAUCAAAGAUAGGCUCGAGGUUCUGAAACUACCAACCUAUGCAGAGGUGGUGGAUCGAGCAUAUAUCGCAGAAAAAGGAAUUAAAACCGCACGUUCCAGUGGAAUGGGUCAAAAAGGCGGUUUUGGGAAGCAAUUGGAGCAUCAAGGGCAGCCCCACCAAAGAAAGUAA